AUGCAGAUUCACUUGAAAUACUUUCUUCCGUUUGUAAUUUGGAUUUUUGGAAUACAGAAGCACAUUCAGCCAACUUCAGGAUCUGAGCCUUGUCCAGAUGGUUGGCACUUUUAUGGUCAAGACAAUAUCUGCUUACAUUUAGUUGACAAGGCCGCUAAAUUUGACGUAGCCAGGUCAAUCUGCCAGGACGAUUUUAAAGCUUGGCUUCUGUAUAUUAAUGGUGCUGACAAGGAAAACUUUAUAAAUACUAAGAUUAUCAGUGAUAAGUAUAAAUUUUAUUGGCUUGGAUUGAAAGACGUUAUUGGUGAUGAUAAGCCAGAGUCUCAUAGAUGGCUAGCUCAGAAUAAAACCUUGACGGAAAACAGUUAUACGAAUUGGGCUAAUGAUAAACAGCCCAAUAUCCGUUCACAUGAAUGCGCCAUCAUCUGUUUCCAGCAAAAGCCUAAAUGGUUGGAAGAAAAAUGUUACUUAAAUAAUAAAUAUAUCUGUGAAAAAGCUGCAAACCCUUCAGCAACGUCAUCCGUAACAAAAACUUCCUUCGAACGACAAAAUUAUAAGAAUGUUAAAGAUUUAAUUCAUUUACAUGUAAAUGCUAAUUUAAUGAGUAUUAAAUUAGCUCGUAUAAUGAUCGAAAUUAUUUUUAUCAUUUGGCUCUGA